UAGGAAAAGAGAGAAUAUCUUCUUCCAUUCCAUGGAUAUAGAAGCAGUCUCCACCAACGAGGGAGCAGCAACGAAGUACAACCAUGGAGCAAAUCAUCAAAGCAACCUAAUAGUACCAGAUGAUCAUGAAGAUGUUCUUCAAAAUACAGCCAACCCCAUUACUCAAAAAAGAGUGAUAAAAUGGAAACUCCUCAUAUUAUUCUGUUUCUUUUCUGCUUCCGGUAACCUAGGAGGACCCAUGUUACAGAGACUAUAUUUCACUCAGGCGGAGGCCGUAAAUGGCUUUCGAGUAUGAUACAAACCGCUGGGUUUCCGGUGUUAGUAGCUCCACUUUCUUAUAUCUACAUGAAGAAAGUAAAUGGACCAUCCUAUGAUUCUUCAUGAUGGAACCAAAAUUGUUCAUAUAUAGUGCAAUAAUUGGAGCUGUGAUGGGAUCGGAUAACUACAUGUACUCAGCUGGUCUCUUUUAUCUUCCUGUCUCAACUUCAUCAUUAUUGUCUUCUACUCAACUUGCUUUUACAGCAAUAUUUGCUUUCAUAAUUGUGAGACAGAAAUUCACUUUUUAUUCGUUCAACUCAGUAGUUCUGAUGACUCUUGGAUCCGUUGUUUUGGCGUUGAAUACUAGUGGUGAUAAACCUCCUGGAACUACUCAGCAACAAUAUUACCUUGGAUUCUUUUUAACUCUUGCCGGUGCUGCUUUAGCAGGGCUUUGCAUGCCUUUGAUUGAACUUGCUUAUGGGAAAAGUAGUAAACCCAUCACAUAUUCUGUUGUGAUGCAGUUUCAGUUUGUUUUGAGCUUAUUUUCUACUCUUGUUUGCAUGAUUGGGAUGGCCAUCAACAACGAUUUCAAGGUUAUUCCAAGAGAGGGAAGAAAUUUUGGUUUAGGUGAAAGGAGGUAUUAUUUCCUGAUAGUUGCAACUGCAAUUGUCUGGCAAUUACUCAACGUAGGGUUUUUGGGAAUCAUCUACUGUACAUCAUCUCUUUUCGCUGGAAUUUUCAAUACAUGUUUACUCCCAUUCAGUCAAGUUGCUGCAACAAUUGCCUUCCACGAAAAAUUUACUGGUCAAAAAGGAAUGCCACUUGCAUUAUGUUUGUGGGGUUUCGUUACUUACUUUAUAGGGGAAUACAAGAAAACAAAGAACCCACACCCCAUUGCUUAUGAUGAUAAUGCCGAGGAAUUAAAAGAGAAGUUAGAUCGGCUUACCGAUAGUAAUACUACGGAAGGAAAGCCAUAAAUCGGAAUCUAGA